GGCUGUACUGCAGUGAGUGGCAGCCCUAUAUCCCCGGGCCCGUUAUCUCGGUGGUGGCCGCUGAUGGAUUCGCUCCGAGCCCAGAGGCUUCAGCCCGGGGUGGGGCCCGGUGUUUCCGCAGGGACCCUGCGCUCUCUAAGGCCCGGAGUGACCGCUGGUUCCUUCUCCUCACUGGCGGCCUCCGCAGCUCCGGCCUCGGCUCCUCCGCCCCCACUCGGCCCGGGGGUCCCGGGGGUACUAGGGCUCGGGAAUCCGGGGGGGAACCCGGCUGUGCUCAGGGAGGCGGUGGAGGCCGUAGUGAGGAGCUUCGCUAAGCACACCCAGGGCUACGGGAGGGUAAAUGUGGUGGAGGCCCUCCAGGAGUUUUGGCAAAUGAAGCAGACCAGAGGGGCGGAGCUAAAGAACGGCGCGCUGGUUGUGUACGAGAUGGUGCCGAGUAACAGCCCUCCGUAUGUGUGCUACGUCACCUUGCCGGGGGGCAGCUGUUUUGGGAGCUUUCAGUUCUGUCCGACCAAAGCGGAAGCGAGGAGAAGCGCCGCCAAGAUCGCCCUAAUGAAUUCCGUGUUCAACGAGCACCCUUCUCGCAGGAUCACGGAUGAGUUCAUAGAGAAGAGCGUGUGCGAAGCCCUGGCCACAUUCAAUGGGAAUCGAGAGGAAGCAGACAACCCGAACACAGGGAUCGGUGCCUUCCGCUUUAUGCUGGAGUCCAACAAAGGGAAAUCCAUGCUGGAAUUCCAGGAGCUGAUGACGGUCUUCCAACUGCUGCACUGGAACGGCAGUCUGAAAGCCAUGCGAGAGAGGCAGUGCUCACGCCAGGAGGUCCUGGCCCACUACUCUCACCGAGCCCUGGACGACGAUAUGAGGAACCAGAUGGCCAUGGAUUGGGUCAACCGGGAGCACGACACCCCGGGAACGCUGGCUAGAGAGCUGGCAUCUACAGAACGACAGUUGGACGAGGCGCGACUGGCCGGCAAGGAGCUGCGGUACCACAAGGAGAAGAAAGAUAUCCUGAUGCUGGCGGCCGGGCAGCUUGGAAACAUUCAUUCCUCCAACUGUUAGCUCGCCCAUAGAUACUCGUUACUGCUCUUCACUCAUGUGAUGUUUGUCGAGGGCAACAGCUUGAUAUGGCAGCAUGGGAACUGGGAAAUCUAAUUCUGUACAGAGCUCUACAAAUGUCUCAGGCUCCUGGGCACCAACACCCAAGCAUGAUUGUCAUUGGGGGAAUUUUACCCACCUAAAGAGGAGGCCUUCAAGGUCAAUAAACAUCUAAAUAAGAUGUAUGGGAGAUUUGUACCCAUAAAGGAGAUACAUUUGAGGCUGGGUAGCUCUAUAUAUCUUCUUACUCAUGAAGGAGAAAUCUUUAAGGAGCUCUAUACCCAUAAAGCAGAAACCCUUGAGGAGCUCUUUAUCAUUGAAGAAGGUACCUUGUCAAAAUGCUCUUUAGCCAUGAAGGAGAAACCUUUGAGGAGCUCUGUACCUAUCAAGGAGCUCUUUGCCCAUGAUGGAGAAGGAGACUUUUGAGGAGCUCUAUAGCCAUGAAGGGGAAAUCCUUGAGGAGCUCUUUAUCAUUGAAGAAGGUACCUUGUCAAAAUGCUCUUUAGCCAUGAAGGAGAAACCUUUGAGAAUCUCUGUAACCAUGAAGGAGGAUUGAGGAGCCGUGUACCCAUCAGGACGAAACCUGUGAGGUUUGGAGGGCCCUGUACUCAUCAAUGAGCUCUGUAUGCAUCAAAUAGCUUAGAACACAUGAAAGAGAGAUCCAUUGACAAGCUCUUUAACCAUGAAGCCUGUUGAGGGUUGGGAGCUCUGUACCCAUCAGGAACAGACCUGUGAGGUUUGUGGAGCCCUGUACACAAUAAGCUCUGUAUGCAUUAAGGAGCUCAGAACCCAUGAAAGAGAGAUCCAUUGACAAGCUCUGGAACCAUAAAGCCUGUUGAGGGUUGGGGACUCUGUACCCAUCAGGAAGAAACCUGGGAGGUUUAGAGGGCCCUGUACUCAUCAAUGAGCUCUGUUUGCAUCAAAGAGCUUAGAACCCAUGAAAGAGAGAUCCAUUGACAAUCUCUGGAACCAUGAAGCCUGUUGAGGGUUGGGGACUCUGUAUCCAUCAGGAAGAGAUCUGUAGUGUUUAGGGAGCUCUGUACUCAUCAAUGAGCUCUUUACCUCUCAAGGAGUAACCUUUGAGGAGCUCUGUAUGCAUCAAAGAGCCCAGUACCCAUGAAAGACAUUUGAGAAGCUAUGAGACCUGCGAGGGUUGAGGAACCCUGUACCCAUCAGGAAGAGACUUGUGAUGUGUGUGGAGCUCUGUACCCAAGCUAGAGACCAUUUUGGAAGUCUUUGGAACCCUCAGCCUGAGUGAAGCAGUGACAUAGGAUUCUGACAACUGUCCGUCGGGGCAAACAACUUUAUUACUCGGCUUCUAAAUUGGACUAAAUUCUUCUAAAGAAGUUGCGGCCAACAACCCUCUUUGGAACCAAGACAGACUGUUAUGAGAUUGAUAGGAUGUGUUUUAGAUAUAAAGUCUAACUGGAAAGGGAUUGUGGGAACUUAGCUGCUGCCCAGUUUAUAUAUUGACUCGGAAAACAAAUUAAAGGGCAAGUCUUCUUGAGUAAACCAUUAGCCUCCACUGGGAAUCUCCUCCUGGGUAGUGAAUUCAAUCUCCUACUGAAAUACAUGACUUUGAUUCGACUGUACUUCCUGCUGCUGGGCUGCUCUGCUUCCUAUGUUCAGGCAGGGGGUGGUACUAGCCAAACUCCACCCUCAUCUGCCCAUGGGGGAGAGAGCAGCCCAGGAACAGGAAGUAAAGGGCUUCAGUGCCAGGAUAAGUACUGGUGGGAGAUGGGGUUUACUUACCCUUAGGUGGGUUUCCAUAGGGUGUCAGCAAUGGGCACUUACCUUUACCACCAGAAACCUUAGCACAGACUGUUUUUAUACACUACGGCUCUUUUCAUUAGCAGGAAGAGCAAUACGUUUCUAUAUAUAUAUAAAUAUAUUUCUAUAUUUUGAUAUCCGCGUUAAACCCGUCAUCCCUAGCUGUCCUACUUACCCGUCUCUUGCAAAACCUCACUGCCGGCAAGUGGUUCCCAUCCCAGUCCCAGGAGACUUAGGUUGGCCAGGGGGCUGUAAUUAGCCAUAAAUUCCAUUUCAGAUGUAAAAUAUGAGCGCAAAGGAACUGAAGAACGUGGGUUCCAUAGGCUUAUUAAGGUCUAAAUCUGACUUACAGAAGUCUAUGGCAGCAGAGUGCAGUAAAGCAAGACCUGGCUGCUGUGUUUGUCUUUCAUAGAAAAGUUUGCUUCCUUAGCCUACAACAUUAGUCCAACGUUUCCUCCCCUAAACACAUUAUACAGGGAGAGACAGAGGGUACAGACACCCCAAAUACAUGAAUUACAGUGAGAGGCAGUGGGUCCUGACACCCCCUUAUCCUUCCAAAAAAAGCAGGUUACCUGAAGGCUGGGGUAGGUUUCUCUAUCAAAAUGAUCUUAGAAAUCAUCUGCAUUGCUGAGUAGGUAUCUAUGCUCCACCUAGUGGUAGAUGUGAGAAUUACACCCAGUAGUAGAAAAUGUGGGGCACAUACACCAGGGAGAUACAAAUUGAUUGGCUGAGGUAGGAGCUGCAGGACUUGCCCCCUGCUAUAUGUGGCAGCCCAGGCUCCCAUUCUCUAGAAAUAGCAAUUGGAAGCCGUGCUUUCUUCUCUCUACAGUAGGAACCAAUCAGAAACAAGCUUACAUAGCUCCUAAGAGUUACAUCUCGCUGCAGAGAGAAGACAGCAUGGCCACCGAUCACUUUGAUUUCUGGAGCAUCAGAACUGAAGUUCUUAGACAUUUUGAGAAGGCUUUACUUCCCCUUUAUAGGGAUACAUUACCUUCAUAAUUAGCUCUUUAUCAUUAGAGCUUAAGGUGUAACCUGCUUCCGCCAUUUCUUCUAUAAUUCUCUCUCGUUCUACUUUUUUUUUUUGGUAAAGCUUUAUUGAACACAAGUGGGCGGAGCUUUGUUCAGAGAGCAGAUACAAGAUGGCCGAACUGCAGGGCUAAUAGCAAUGAUAAUGCAAUGAACUUCCCCUUUAAAUGAACAAGAUCAUGUUGUAGAGAGAGAGAGCCGGCGGGGGAGGCUUUGCAGGAGGGGGGGUGUCUGUUUGGUAAAUAGCAAUACUCCGGCCGUUCCAGUGUAUUACUGCACAAGUCCUUUUUCUAUAUGUACCUACCUGUAUGUAUGUAGCCUUUGUACUACCUGCCCAGGGCGCCACUUUGGUACCGCGGCCGCCACCGUGCAUUUUAUAGCAACGCUCCUUAGUUACCUUUACUUACAUUUGUAUCUUGAUAUAAGCAAAUAAAUUCAUUAGUAACGUUGGUA